GAAGUCUUAGGCAAGUUCAGUGGGAGUAAUGAAGAGGAGAGACCGAGUAGCCUACACGGGACGUAGUUCCACGGUGGUGGACUUGGACAUUUUUUGCAGAAAAGCAACUGAAAGUAACCCUGCAGUGCAGACAAAGAAGACCCAGCGAGCUGCCUGCAGAGACGCAUAAACUUCCCAACAUCUGGUCUGCUGGAGGACGGGGCGAGCCGGAGAGACACACUUUUGGAGGCGGAGAGAAAACUAUCUUUGCUGGAAUAUGCAUUGAAUUUGGGAGUUUUUGGCCUACCUACAUGAGCCGAAAAGAGAGCCGGUGGUCGUGUGAGGUGACAAGAGUGGAGGCAACGAGUACGGCAAAGGUCGCGGAGGGCGAGAAGUCCACCUGGUCGGUCAGAGAAUGAAUUAGCCGAACGUUUUGCUGCACCGCGUCCCAGCCAGAGAGAAGGCUCACUCCUUGGCCCCUCCACCUCCUCCCAUAAGAGCCAGGCCUACGCCCAUGGAUGAGGAGAGGAAGGCCCCUGCCAUCUCCCCAGAGCCACCAGAUGAGGGGGACCCCACUCCAGUUUCACAACCCAGUUCAAACAAGACCACGACAUCAGAGAUAGCAAACUCCCCGAACCCAAAGCCCUGUCCUCGCCCAGAUGAGGCCCACACCUAUACUGAGCCCCUCAUAUUGAGGUUAAAUGGCACCCCAGAAAGGUUGCGAGGGGAUGAUGAAGACAAGUGGAGCAGCCGCCUCUCACACACGGAGCUCACAACACCCGGCAAAAGCAUUACAUCUCAACCAGCAGCCAGAUUUACGCCCGCCCGCCACACCCAGCCAUGUCAGACACAGCCCAGCGGCCAACAACGCAACGGAGCCAAGCACCACGCACACAGACACUCCCCUCACACGCACUGUCCGCAUCACACGCCUCGCACACACACACUCCAGACCAACGGGGUCAGGAACGGGGGCCUUCAUCAGCAUCCUAAGCUGGGCUCCCUCCCAAGAGGGGAAUCCUCCACCUCCUCGUCCUCUUCGGCGGGACCCAAACACACCAAGAAAUUGCGGUCCAACCCUUCCAUCACAUCCCAGAGCAGCAAGAGGAGCAAGAGCAGCUCCAAGAGCAACAGCUCUCAGAUUCCUGCAGAGUCACAGGACGACUGCUGUGUUCACUGUAUUCUGGCCUGCCUCUUUUGUGAAUUCCUAACUCUGUGUAACAUCGUGCUGGACUGUGCCACAUGCGGCUCCUGUGCGGGGGACGACUCGUGUUUCUGCUGCUGCUGUGCGUCAGAGGAGUGUGGCGACUGUGAACUGCCAUGUGACAUGGACUGUGGCAUCAUCGACGCCUGCUGCGAGUCUGCAGACUGCCUGGAGAUCUGCAUGGAGUGCUGCAGCCUUUGCUUUUCCUCUUGAGGGCCCCAGCUGCCACCACAGGGGGCAAAGUACUGCUACAAACUGCCACAGCCCAGGAGCAACUUCAACCAGUGUCUCACCAGAGCUGGGAAGCGCUAAACAUCCUUGUUGCCUGUGCUCUGUGGUUAACACUCUAUUGAAGGGCCUAGUUGGCUCUUGAAUUAGGUUUCGUACAAGGUUUGUCAAGCAAUAACCUGCUGAGAGCAGUCAAUGGUGAUUUCUCCUCUCUUUUAUUGAUCAAACCAUGGGACAGUAGCUUCCCGCCUUUGCUGCGGCCCCUUGCUACACAACUGGAUGUAUGAUGUAGAGGGAUUUCCAGCUCUGGUCUGGGACUGUCUGCCUGACUGUGCAGACCGGGCCUCCGGACCCUCGCAGAACAGGCUAUUAUCACAAUGGAGCCCCUUGUGCCGUCUGAAUCAGUGGAGUUCUCCAAGCAUGAAAAAUGACCUCCAAAGGCAAAUGAGAAAAUGGCUCCAUUUAACCGGAUUUUAGUGUUUCUGUAGAUAAGAGCAGCAGCAUAAUGGGAAAAUGGACGCUCAGAUCUCAAUAGAAACAUAGUCUGUCCUCCUGUCCUUGGCAAGGUCAAAGUCUUCCACUUUGAUUGCGUACAGUGGCCUUUGUGACACACACUCACAGACACACACACACACACUUAGUGGUGGAUCCACCGCUGUCUUUGUUCUUAUUGCAAUGUACAAAAAUAUAAAACGUUAAUGGUGGCUUGUGGCAAUACUACAGACGAAUUUCUUUUGUUAAUAUUCAUCUCACUGUCUUAUUCAGAGAAGAAUCAUGAGUGUCGUGCAUCAGUCGGAAAAUGGGUCCAAUUAAAUGAGUACUCUAAGUGACUUUUGAGUGAACGGCUGAUUGCAUUCGUCAUGGACACAUUCUCUACUCUAACAUGUGAAGGGAGAGAGUUCUUAAUCAAAGGUCUCUCCUCAUUUAAUGUUUCACAUCUUGUUUACUUUUACAUUGUUUAUUUUGAGGAGCUUCGGCUGGAUUCAGUGGAUUCCUCAUCAUCUAAAAAAAGUCAAGGCUGGAAGAGGAUUGGAUCGCAUCAUCUCUUUUUCAACAUGUUUGAUUUUUCUUCGUCAUUGUGUUAUGUGAACAGAUGGCCUUGGCUUAGCUUAGCUUAAGGCCUGAAUUUUCUAGUAGAUUCCUCGCCUUUACCAAAUAUCUAUUAAUCCUUGUUUUGUAGAUUUUAGUUAAGAUAUUUGCAUUUCUCUUCUAAUGUGAAAAUCACAUUUCUGUGUUAUCGGGUUAUGCCGGGCUCUCUAUAAAGCAGACAUUGCUCAACAUCUCAUUUAAUUCCUUGAGUGAAAAUCUCACGACAUUAUGUUAACUUAGAUCCAUAUGCUCACAGUGUGAAUGGUACGCUUUUGAUAACAGGCCCGCACUCUCGUAUGCUCAGAUGCAUACCUUCUCCGACUCAAUACCUCUUGAGAUGUCGCCCAUAUCUGUUGUGCAUUUUAAAAUGACUUGAUACAAAUCUCUCUCCUCUCUUAUCAAAUACUGUUUGUGCAAUCCUUUUUUCUUGGAAAUACCAAAGAGUUUUCCUCUGACUGGACAAGUUUUUAGACACAAGGGCUGAAAUAUAACACUGUUGAUUAAGAGUAUACACUAAAUCUGCCAAUCAACCUGAUAACACAGAAGCAGAACGUUUUUGGAAAUCAAGAAAUGCAACUUGAAAAUACAUUAAGACCUUUAAUUUCUGUUUAUAAAGGAAAUGAUGUGUUUUAAAUGUUGACACGUUUCAAAAUCCCUGGAGUGCCCUGGAAAACAAUGCAAUUUAAAUAACAACACAAAGAGAUUUAUGAAGGGAGAACUGGAUUAUAUAAUGUUGUGUAUAGAAGUUAUUACAAUUUCAUUUGUUUGGAUUAACAACAUAUUCCCAGUGCAGAUUGUGAAGAUGUUGCUUCAUCCAACGACCUGUUCUCUGUCACCAGACCAACCAUGUCACUAAAAGAAGUAUGGAUGGACUUUAAUAAUAAUAGUCUAUGGGGAUGCAAAGCUAAUCCAUACAUUUAAAAGCUAAAUAAAAACACUGGUUUGUUAAUAGCAGAAGUCAAUCAUUAAAAAUGAUGCAGAUAAGUCUACAAAUGUAAAUCAGGUUAAACUAGUUAAUGAUAGCAUUACUGGCCUCCACUGAAGACAAUGGCCUGGCUACCCUGCCUUUUAGCCGGCAGUGUUAAAACUAAACUAAAAAGUAUUACUAACUGGAAUAUUAAUAAAUACUAACAUAUGUUUGCUACCCACUGAUUCUACAGCACAAACAAUAGGUCUGCUUUAGGCUUGAUGAUUUUUAGACAGAUUAUGAGUUCCUUUACAAAGAAUCAUGAUCAUUAUUACCAGAGAUGUGACUAAUCCAUGUUUCCUAUUGCCUGUUUAUGACUGUGCUUAAAAACAACCUCACGCACUCUUGCUCAAGUUUCAAGAUUCUUACACAGCUCCAGCUUCUCACUGACCCCAAACUUUUAUUUUAAAACCAAGGUAAAUCCAGAUUGCAUAAAUGGAAAGCUCCAAGACAUGCUUUUUGGUAAUCUGUUUCAUUUUAUUAUGUUAAAUUGAUUUUAUUUGCUUGAAUUCCUGUUUGUAGCAGAGAUGGAAUUGGAUAAAGGUCAACAGAAACCUACCUGUGACAGAAAGAACAGCUUUGCAACUCUCAUUUUGGCUGUAGAUCUUAUAAACAAGUCGAACCCUCCUGUGAAGUUCCUGCUUUUCCUAAAUUAGCUUAGCCUGGGUGUUUAAAGAGCUCCUCUUGGAAUAUGUCAACUCUUUGUUGUGCAGUGCAUCAAAAAUCAUGUGAAACAAUAUUUUACUAAACGUCUGGGUUGAAAAACAGUAAACAUAUCAUUUAAGUUUUAUUUAAUGAUGUCUGAUUACGAUUAUAUGACUUGAUCAUUAAAUACUUUUUAAGUCCAUCCUAAAAAGGGCCUCAGUAAUUGGUUGCGAAUGGUGGCAGUCUGAUGGAUUGAAAACACUGACUGGUUGGUUUGGAGAUGGAGAAUAUGUCUGGAUGUAGAGAGAUGAACAACUGUCUUACAUUUCGGUCACACUCUGGAUUGUAAAAAUUGCUUGGGGAUAUGGAUUUAAUGUUUUAACUGUACUAGACAGAUUCAAAUAUUUCCCGCUCAGUCAUUACAGUAAUACUUGAAGAAAACAAGUUGACUUUCAAUGGUGUCCAUAAUCAGUAUUAUCAGUAUUUUUGUUGGAAUUACCUAACUACAAAAAUGUUGAAUUGUUGACUUUCCAAGAUUCAUUAUCUUAAUCAUAAGACGUCAUUUGGAUAUUGGUUUGAAAAAACUGGCCUAUUCUGGCAGUCCUCUGAAAGUUAUAUUAGCCUAGAUUAGUUGUUACUCGACCAUAGUCCACUAUAAUGUCAUUUUGUUUACACUACACCCAUUUUAUGUCAAUUUGAAUUGCUGUCCUGGAAGUCACGUUAAAAUCUCUUAGUUUAAGACUGAAUAAACAAUGUGAACUCCA